UACUUUGUCAUAAUUUUCUAAAAAACUUAAAAAUUUAAAUAGAUUAGGUGAUUAUUUUUUGAUUAGGUUUUUAAUAUAUUCAUCAUGCAUAAUUUUCAAGAAAUCGAUCGUGUUGCCAUGUGUUUUGUACGAUAAAAUGAAAAAAAUACUUAUCUUGCAAACGUGAAAAUACCUAAAUUGUUAUGUUGAUUUGUAGACAAGUAGAAUGGUAAGUAGGAAUUACUUAUUGGUGUAAGUAUCGAGAAGCGAAGCGGGCCACCUAAUUUCUCCUGCUUCCCCGUACGACUGUGAAAUGCAUGCAUGAAAGUGUACUACACUUGUUAGUUACUUGCUAGUACAAACUACUAGCUAGUAACCAACCUGUUUCAAUACUUUCAAUGAACUAAAUUGAAAUGUGGCAGGCGCGGGUCACUGCUCUUCCAUUUUACUGGCCUACUGACGUAUGCCUAGGUAUACAAGUUGCAAGCUUGACGCGCUAAGUGACGGUGGUGAUACGCCGCGCUCCGGUGGAUUCCAAAUCGUACGCCAGCAUGUCACGCUCCAAUCCAACAUCCAACCAACUUCAAUUUAGUCUCCAGUGUAAUUGCAGAGCGGUAUCACGCGUCUACUUUGAGGCGUUAUAAGACACAAAGUUACCCAACCUAUGAAAUGAACCGCAUCAUAACAUAAGAAUAAUCUCAUAAACUCGAAACAAUCAAACAUCUCGUGUGUGAAGUGUAUGAAAAUUAAAUAGUUUACGACUAUCGCUAUGUAAAAUUAUAAACUCUGCACCUGUUACUGUUAAGUGAGUUUUGUUAUGAGUGCGAGUUGAUGUAAAUACGUGAUGAUCCGUUAUUUAUAAAAUAUCAAUCGAUCGGAAAUAUCUGGCUGGUUAUCAACAAGUACGCACGAGGCUAACGGCAUGGAUGCGGUAUGCGAACGCGGCGACGGUCUGUGCGAGAUGCGCGCACUGGCUGCUUCCCUUCACUCGCUGCACCUGUAUUGCGCCUCCAUAUCCACCGCACUCAUUUGCUGCUGUGCACCGACACAUCCGCGUUGGCACGGUAAGCGUUGGAGAGGUCAAACCACUCGAGGCAUAGCCAGUCUAAUCUUAGGCAUCACUUGGUGUUGUGGUGCAGCUGCAGCAUGUCUGAGGCCUGCACAAACAGUGUACCUGGUAUCGGCAGUUAUUGCUCCACUAGCGUGGUUGGCCGCCGCUGCGCUUCAUGUGGUACUUUGGAGUCGCCGCUCAGCAGCACCUAUCCUUUAUCUCGCUGUAUACUGGCUUCUAUCCGCCAUUUCCACAGUCGCCAUUCUGUGGAAGCACAUCAAGACUGAAGUGAAACUGAAUCACAUCGAUCUCUAUAUACAGGCGGUUUCCACAAUAUUAGCAGUAUUUAUUUCAGGAGUGGACUGCAUUUGCUUUUACGAUGAGGUUACAAAACGACAUCGAAAUCAACAAAAACCUUCCACCAGUGAAUGUAAUAUACCAUAUAAACACAAUGACACAUAUUUCUAUUCAAAGAUAGCGUUUUUCUGGCUAAACCCAUUACUAUAUAGAGGAUACCUUUCACCUCUGGAGGAAGAUGAUCUCGGAGAGUUGCCUGAAGACGAGAAACCACGGAUAUAUUAUGAUAAAUUUAAAAGAAUUUUUAAUAAUCUAAAGGACAAAAAAACAGACGAAAGUACCCCUAAUAUAUGGCGAUGUUAUUUUUACACAGUGUGGCCAAAUUUUUAUAUUGCGGGAAUCUUGAAAUUAUUAGGGGAUCUAAUAAGUGUUGUACCUGCUAUCGGUUUAGCAGUUAUUAUAAAAUUUGUAGAAGAAUCUUCUGACACUUUUGAUCAGAAAUCACACGUUACCAUACAAGAAUUCUUUAGCAAUGGGUAUAUAAUGUUAACUAUUGUAACCAUUGCAUUGAUAUCUCAGGCAUUUCUUUCACAAAAUUCUACACAUUUGUUAACUGUAGAAGGCACAAGACUAAAAACAAGUUUACAGAGUAUUUUAUACGAUAAAUGUAUGCGACUUGCACCAUGGUCCUCGCCGGGUCCUGAAGAUAAUGAAGACUCACCGUUACUGCAUGUGCCAAAGGUGUCGACUACCACACCUUCUGGUCUACUUGCGAAUCUUAUGUCUCAGGACACUUAUAAUGUAAUGUCAUGUGUCUGGAUUAUUCAUUAUUUAUGGGCCAUACCCUUAAAGGUAACAGUAAUUCUAUAUCUAUUAUAUAUAAAAUUAGGCUUAAGUGCCAUAAUAGGCGCAGCGGUCAGCAUAAUAUUUAUUACUCCACUACAAUUUUACAUCGGUAAAAAGUUGUCUGAUAAUUCUAAAGAUAUAGCAAAAUGGACCGAUCACAGAAUUUCCAAAAUGACCGAAAUAUUAAACGGUAUUAACGUCAUAAAACUAUAUGUCUGGGAAGACUUGUUUAAUGAGAAAAUAUUGAAUCUAAGAGAAGUGGAGCUGAGGCUGCUAAAUAAAGACUCUAUUUAUUGGAGUUUCUUAACAUUCACCACUCAAGUCUCGACAAUUUUGGUGACAGUGAUUACGUUCAUGGCAUAUUAUUUUCUGGAAGAUAAUAAAACCUUAACAGCAAAUAACGUAUUUGCUGGACUGGCAUUAUUUAACCAAUUAACAAUACCAUUACUAAUUCUGCCAGUGACUGUCCUAAUGGUUAUUCAAGCUAUGGUUAGCACAAGAAGAAUUAAAGAUUUCCUUGACCUUCCCGAAUCAAAUAAUGUCAGGGAAGCCAAUGAUGUACAAACCACCGCAAAGAUAACAGAUAUUUUAAACAAUGCUUUUAUUAAUUCUUCUACUGACGACAUGUUUCCCACAGAAAAUAUUGCAAAUAAAGAAGAAGUAGUAGAUGAAGAUGAAUUUUCAGAUGAUGAAAACACAAAACUGACUCAAAGAAAUGAAUACGUAGUUAGAUUUAAAAAUGCAGUUUUUUCGUGGGGCACUAAAAAUGGUACUUUAUUAGAAAUUGAUGAUUUAGAUAUUCCAAGAGGAAAACUAAUCAUGGUGGUCGGUUCAACUGGGUCCGGUAAAACGUCGUUAUUAUCUGCAAUUCUCGGCGAAAUGUAUCUAGAGCGAGGUGAAGUUAAUUACAAUGAGCGUUGCAACACGUGGUAUGCAGGACAACCGCCAUGGUUACUUGAAGGAUCGGUGCGAAAUAACAUUGUGAUGAACAAUUCUUGGUGUCAACGAAGAUACGCACGUGUAUUACGCGCGACCGAUUUACGGCCUGACCUACAACUCUUACCUGAAGGAGAUGCAACGCUCCUGGGUAGUCACGGUUCGCCUCUAUCCGGCGGUCAGCGAGUACGUGUGUGUGUAGCACGUGCGAUCUACUCUGAUGCACACCUGCUAGCAUUGGACGAGCCCCUUGCAGCAUUGGACGCGGGGCUGGCCCAGCACGUCGUAGCUCGUGCACUGGUCACUGUUGCACGCGCCGGCCGCACCGUUAUCGUUGCUACUAACAGAUUGGAACUUUUACAUUACGCUGACGCGGUUAUAGCUAUGGAGGACGGUCGAGUGUGUGGUUUCGGACGGCCUAGUGCAGCAGGCGGGGGUCCACCGGCGCUAUGGCGGUGGGCACAGUUGGCAGGCUCGGCGCGAGCAGCCGCCGCGCGUUCUGGCGUGGGUCCGCCAGGUGGUUCGGCCCGAGAACGCGACCGUCUGCGGCGUGCUCUCAACCGCGUCAAAUUCCAAAGGAGUCAUUCAGAUGAUACUAUGAUUGGUAUCAGCGAAGCGACGGGGGCGCACCUUCUGACUGAAGUGCCGACGUGCUCAGGCGGUAGCUGGAGGCGUGCCACAACUCGUACCAGGCCAGCACUCUCGAGACAACUAUCUUCGCCUCCUCCUUCAAUGCACAAUCACAAAUGGAGACGUGAGGUGCGCCGCGCAGUAAGUGCUGACGCAUCAAAUGUAACGCUACAAAGAGAAGCCAGCCUGCUUCGAAGGUUGCUGAGGUCUCGACCACAUCGUACUUUAGCCAGGUGGACACCAAGAACGCUGCGCCGCUUACUAAGUUCAGAAACAAACGCCUGUAAUGAAGAAAAUUUAAAUAAUGACAUCGCUAAUGAAACGGGAAUGGAUUCUACAUACACAUCACUGACAUCGAACGGCGCUAAAACCAAUACUGCUACAGUUUCAGAUUUAGUAUCUACCAAAGACAACGACGCCAGUUACAGUGAGAAAGUAGCGUGGUGCGAAUACGGGCGGGCGUGCGGGUGGUGGGGUGUACUGUACUGGGUAGCUGCGACGGCCGCGCAGGCGCUCGCACUCGCCGCCGAUUACUGGCUCGCACGCACCACCGCACAGAACUCACAAGCUACGUUCUCUGACGAACAGAUGUGGAGUGCUGUACAAAUAUACGCGUUAUGGUGCGUGUGCGGUGCGGGUAUGGGCGGACUCGCACAGGCGGCAUGCGCGUGCGCGGGCGCGAGAGCGCGCCGCAAGCUUCACGAGCAGAUGCUACAUGCGUCGCUGCACGCUCCGCUACACUACCACCAAGCAAUGUCGCAAGGGUCACUGUUACAUUGCUUCUCUGCAGAUAUACAAAUUAUUGAUAAGAAACUACCAAUAGCAUUUAGCCGUUGGGCACAACUAGCACUGCUUUGUGGAGCUGCCAUGUUGGUGAAUGCGAUCGUUGCGCCAUGGAGUCUUCUUGCACUAAUUCCGGCCGUUAUAUUUUAUUUCACUCUACAAUCAGUUUAUCUUCAUAACGCCAGGGAGCUUCAGCAUUUAGAAGCUCAGAGCGCAGCGAGUGUGGUGUCACUGGCAGCGGAGACGAGCACAGGCAGCGCCACAGUGCGCGUUGGACGGCUACAACCGUUCAUGCGCACUGCUUUCCAACAACGUUUGAACCGCAAUCAGAAUGCACUGCUACUUCUCAACACAGCCAAUCGUUGGCUGGGACUUAGUUUGGACUUGGUAGGCGCGGGCAGCGUGUGCGCGUCGAUGUGCACGGCGCUGGCGGGCGGGCGCGGCGCGGCGGCGGGCGCGCUGGCGGCCGCGCACGCGCUGCUGCUGCCCGCGUACCUGGCGCACCUGGCCCGCUGCCGCGCCGACCUCCACCUGCACCUCGCCGCCGUGCAGCGCCUCGCCCACCACACGCACGUGCCGCAGGACCACUACAGAGACGAUUGUCCUAUACCACCGAACUGGCAAAGAGAUGGAAAAAUAGAAUUUGAAAAUGUAACAGUACAACCUGAGCCUGGAGCGCCUCCUGUCCUCCACAAUAUAAACCUAUCCAUUGCUCCUGGUCAAAAGACAGCGAUCUGCGGUCGAAGCGGUAGCGGAAAAUCGUCGCUGCUGUUGACAUGCGCUGGCGCAACUACCAUACAGAGCGGUCGAGUCACAAUCGACGGACAGGACGUGACGAAGGUGCCGCUGCGCGCGCUUCGUCACCGCGUGGUGCUUCUGCCGCAAGAACCUGUUAUGUUCUCCGGGACCCUGCGAGAGAAUUUAGACCCCCUCGCAGUACAUACUGAUGACGAAAUAUGGGAUAGUUUGAGAGCAGUUGGCCUGUUCGAUUUCGUUACUGCGCAACCAGCCGGCUUAGAGUGCUGCGUGGGCGCGGGUGCAGGCCGCCGCGCCCGCUCUGGCGGCUGGAGCGCGGGCCGCGUGGCGCGAGCGGCGGCGGGCCGCGCGGCGCUGCACGCGCGCCGGCGCGCCGCGCUGCUGCUCGACGAGCCGCCCGCCGCGCCGCACGUGCCCGCGCACUCGCUGCUCACAGUCACGCAUCAUAUAUCUUCUGUGCGCGGAUACGAUCGCGCCGUUGUUCUAGAAGAUGGCUGCAUAGUGGAACAAGGGGAAGUGUCCGUCCUCCUUGCACAGCCGAACUCGCGGCUCGCGCGCAUGUUAUCCACCGUGAACAGGGAAAGAUAACUUCACAUCGGUAUAACAACAUUUAUAAGUAGGAAAACAUAUUGACGAUCGAGAACUGCCACUGCAAAGCAAUAUUGUAUUCUUUGAUCUGUAUUGUAAUUUUUUUUAUAUGAUACGUUUAUCAAUAUAAAAAUGAAUGGCAUAAUACAUAAAACAAUUCAUGAAAGUGAAUAAACACAGAAAAAUAGGUAUGCAAAAAUAGAGACUGUUACCAUUAGUCGACACUCGGUUUUGCAUGGCUGCCUACCUCGAAGAUACAAGAAACCGAGGCGUGAUAGUCUAUUUAUAACACAAAAGUGACAUUCAAGGAUGAAGAAUGUGAGACAUGUGAGGGAGUUGGUAUAACUGAGGGUCUACCAUGAAAUGUUUUUCGUAAUUUCGAACACAAAUUAGAUGUCACAAGUACGUAAAACAUAAAAUAUCAUUUUUUUGGACAAACUAAAUAAAUUUAUGACAAACGAAAUGGCACCAUUUACAAGGCCGACUUCGAUAUGAACAAAAACACGAAAUUGAGUCCGAAAAUUCGGAAUAUCAUUUUAUGGUAGGCCCACUGAUACCGAAGCAUGACAAACGUACAGACAUACAUAUACUAAUACGUAGGUAUAUCGUGUACGUGCCUCUUUUUAAUUACGUUAAUUUCAUAUAACUAUAAUUAUAUAUUGUUGUGGUUUAAAAAUACUUUUAUAGUGUAUUGUAAUUGUAGCAUAAUGUACCUGUUGCAUAUAUA